UUGCUCUGAGACGAGUCCUCUGGCUGUGACCUGUGAUUUCUGAAGGCCUGCUGGGUCGCCAUCUGCUCCAGCCGUUCAUCCUCAGCGUCUGAAGGACAGAAAACACAAACCAGAUCUCUGAUAUCUCCCAGCUUUCUCUUGAGCACCAGUGAGGUGACGUGGCUCACAUUUGUCAUCUAGAGUUACAAACUGGGAUCAGAUUUGCAGGUGAAGUACAACAGACCAGAGGCCAAACGCUCUGCAGCGAAGGCGUCGUUUCUGUGACUCUGUGCUGACCACCUACAUCCCAUCCUGGCCCUGAAAUCCACACUAUACCAGACAUUAGCCAUCCUCCAUCAAUAGUACCAACCUUACAAGACGCUUCUGUGUGAGAAAACACAAGCACGAAGGAACAGAUCAUCUCUGACUCAUCAAUCUAAUGCACACAUACUGGAGCCCACUAAUCUUAACUCGCUUGAACAAACGGCUUUCCCAGCUUCGCAUAUUGAUCUGAUCUGAUUAGGUGUCUGAUGUUCAUUGUCUGACGCUUUCAGCGGCAGCCAGAAAUGGGAUGCUUGCCGUGAGGCGAUCCAUAAACUGGGGCCCAACAUAGGGACAACACCUGCAAACCGUGUCCCAUCUGGAACUAAUUAGCCUUAUCCCUGCUGCCAAAAGAAACGAGCAUGUGACUCGAGUCCUUGCUGUUUUUAUGCAUUGUGGGAGCCCGUUGUGUCAUGUCCCAUUGGCUUGCGCUGCUCCACUUGCGUAUCAGAUAUGAUUUGACAGGUCUGGAAUAAAAAAAGCCUGUCAUUUUGACCCCUCUUGGUCCCGGAUUGCUCUGCUUGUGUCACUUUGCGUGUCCGUCACGCGGUCGAAGGUGUCCACUUUGGCCUCGUUUGUUCACAUCGAGGUCGCCGCAUCAAUCUGGCCAAUCUCUCUGUCCAACCCACUCUUGCGACAGCUUGCAAGUUCUGUCGUCGCGCCCCCUGGAGGAUGAGCGAUGUGUCCACGUUAGACUAUGAGCUGCUCUCGCUGGGGCCGUCAUUUGCCGGGGUCCCCAGCAGCCCACCUCUUGGUGGCGAUGCUGAGCAAAGGACGGCCUUCGCGUUCGUAGGUCUCCUGAUGCUGUUUUUGAUUUUCCUGUUGGUGCGUUGCUUCCGGAUCUUGCUGGACCCUUACAGCCGAAUGCCCGCGUCAUCUUGGACCGAUCACAAGGAGGGCUUCGAGCGGGGCCAGUUUGAUUACGCCCUGGUGUAGUCAUGUGACCUUGACACACCACCUGCCUUACCCCAACCUGUGGCAUGACUCCAACCCUGUAGCUAAUUGUGCUUAAACCAUCAUGGGUUUGAUUCCCAGGGAAUGCACGUGCCAUGUAUACAGUACCUUGAAAUAUACUUUGGGAUUAACAGGGUCGUCCAUUUCUUCCGCUGUAGCUACUUCCUCAGGACGGUCUACAAGGUCUACAAUGAACAAACACAUGAAGUCAACGGUUCAAGGUGCCCAACACAAUGCUAACUGUGAACUGUUACUACCCCUCAGCUACUGUACAUACUUAGUUACUGUAGAUGAAUCUUAAUUGUAAAAGACAUGAUGAAACUCUUCAAUGGACCUAUGUAGAUGGCAUAUUUAAUUUAAUGCAACUGAAAAUGAGGCUAUGAUGGAUAGAUGUCAGUAAGUCGAUUGAUGCUGUAAACUGAUGUCAGUUGUUCAGCCACUGAAACAUUUAAAAGGAAAGGACGUGUUGCCAAGUAUGGUGUCCCAUACUUGGAAUUUGUGCUCUGCAUUUAACCCAUCCAAGUGCACACACACAUCAGGGAGUAGUGAGAAAAACACGUUAAUUGUUUAAGUGAAUUCAGCAAAUGGUUUUCGCAAACUUUACACUUCACUUAAGUGUCAUUAAAAUGUCAAUUUCUGUUAAUUGUUGCAUUGAAUUCAACAAAUGGUUUAUAUACAAUUUACACCGUAAAGAUCACUGAAAUUUCAUUAAAUUGUUGCUUUGGAUUUAACUUAUUAUGCAAGAAAUGGUUUCCAAAGCAAUUUACACUUUGUUCUGCUUAGUCAUUGCUGCCCUCAUUGCCUCGUUUUCAUUUGUGUAAAAUUAAAUAAGCCUUCUACCAUGAUUAUGGCAUAUUCCAUUUGAUUUUGUCUAUUUAGCAUGGUAAUUUUGCACAAAAUACAUCUUUAAGGAAAACUUCAGUAUUGGAAAGUCAGAGUAUGUCCGACAUACCUGCUGCCUUCGACAGACCCGAUUUCUAAACUCUGUGCUUUAUACAUUUCUGAGGAUGUUCUGGAUUUGGAGCAAAAAUCCCUUUAAGAUUUCUGAACUUCUGUCCUUGUAUUAUUGCUGUUUCUUGUCCUUUUGACUAUGUGUCUAUAUAAGCCAUAUGUUCUCAUAUAUUGAAGGUUGUUCCUGUCAUUGGUUGUCUGUUUGCUAAUCUACAGAGCUCUCUGAAACCAUUGUGAUCGAAGAAAGGUUUAGAAUCGACCGAAAGAUAUAUUUUAUAUCCCCGCUCCGAUUUGGAGUUCCCUUUUUGCUAAUGUGUCGUCUUGAAUUUGCAGCUCUCAUUUGGACGGAUGUGCAAAGAAUGGUGAUAUGCCAAGAAACAUUGGAGCUUGCAUUUGCUUUGUGAGUUUUGUAAGUAGUUUGGAUAUUUUCCUAAUUCCCUUUUGUCUGAAAUAAAACUGGGUUUAUUCACUUAAGCCUUCCAAAAUCUUC